UGCAUGAUUACCAAAAUGUUCCUUCUUGUAGUCAUAAAGGACAAACCUCCAGAUCCAAUCCUUUCUAACCUGCUUUCUGAUUGGGGUGACUUUAACCAUGUUUAUUUUGAGUCCUUUUUUGGGAUUGUUGAAAGCUGUGGCUGGGGUGGAGGCUUUCAGGAGGACCCCUAUAUAACACAAGGAAGUUUGAAGAUUUCAGGUGCCAACAAACUCAUAUCUGUGUGUUUCCGUUGGCUUGCUGCAGCCUGUGUUCAGAAAGUGUGUAAAGAAUUCUUGGACAAAUUUUACAACUCUUUAAAAGAAAAGCAUUCUGACUUCACUGUGGCUGCCAUAGAGGAGGCUUUGCUCAGCAGCUGCAAGACUGCAAAAGGAAAAGAACAGCGCCUGUGCUAUUACAUUGGAGCAAUAAGUGAUGCACCCACCAAGAUCAUCAGUGAGGUCAGCCGCCCAAUGAGUGCCCAUGUGCCCGUGCCCAAGAUCUGUGAUAAGCUGAAGAAGAUAGAUAUUCAGAUCUGUGAACUCAAAUACGAAAGGAAACUGGAUCUGACAUCAGUGGAUCUCUCCAAAAUGCGAGUGGCAGAGCUUCGGAAGAUCCUGGAUAGCUGGGGAGAAGUGUGCAAAGCCUGCAUAGAGAAAACCGAGUUUGUGAACCUGAUUAAGGAGCUAGCCCCAAAAUAUGCACCUCCAAACUCCCGAGCAGACCUUUAGCUUGCACUCAUUCCAAACAAGCAUUGGCUAGAGUAUGUCAAAGAAUGAUUGAGUGACACUGCAGUAGCUGGGCUAAAUUAAUUUAGUUGUUUGGCAAUUGCUCACAAGGGGCAAGAAUUUCCACAUUAUUAUUGCUAAUAAUUGCUUUUACAGCACCGUAGUGCUGGUGCUUACAAACACAAUGAGACAAGGUUGCUGCAGUAAGGAACUAUGAUUAAUGUGAUUAGUAUGAUUAGUAGUAGUAGUAUUUCUUAUUGUAACGAGAAGCCUCAGUCCCAUAUACGUAUAUAAUAAAAAGCUGGUUCCUUCCCCAGGGAUGCAUUUUUAGUCUGGAGAAGAGAAGACUGAAGGAGGAUUUAAUAGCAGCCUUCAACUACCUGAAGGACGGUUACUAAGAGGAUGGAGCUGGUCUGUUCUAAGUGGUGGCAGAUGACAGAACAAGGAG